GUUCACUAAACCAGCUCCCAUGUUCCUCGAUCCAAACUUUAGACGAUUCUCCAAGAUCAGCAAAUUUUUCCCACCUUUUGGAAUGAAAACGCAAGGUAAGGACCUCAGUUUUAUAUCUAUUUCUUUCAUAUACUACAUGUCUUUGUUCAUAGUUAGUCAGAUCCUAGUUGAAUGACCAUGAAGAAUGGGGAGCCCCUGGGAGAGUACACUGUUGACUGGAAAAAGCCAAGUAACUCACCUACAGGUAGGAGGAUGUAGCUAUGGGCUCUGGGUCAGUGCUCGGACGAGGGAGAGAACACCAUGUCCAAAUAUUGGCCUUAUCGAGAAGAACAUCACUGCUGCUCCAAGUAAUGCAGGGAUCAGGCCUCUAUGCAGGGAUCAGGCCUCUAUGCAGGGAUCAGUCCUCUAUGCAGAUCUCAGGCCUCUAUGCAGGGAUCAGGCUUCUAUGCAGGGAUCAGGCUUCUAUGCCGGGAUCAGGCUUCUAUGCAGGGAUCAGGCUUCUAUGCAGGGAUCAGACUUCUGUGCAGGGAUCAGACUUCUGUGCAGGGAUCAGGCUGCUAUGCAGGGAUCAGGCUGCAAUACAGGGAUCAGGCUGCUAUGUAGGGAUCAGGCUAUCACAGCAAAGCAUCAACCUGCCCCCUCUUCCUGCCCCUCGCUUAUCCGUUCUAAAACAUUUAAUUCAAGUGUUUAAUCAUCAAUUUUUGUUGUUUUACAUAAAUAUUUUGGGUUCAAUAUAAAUGUAAUGGAAUCUGUUUUAAUAUAAAUCUGGCUAAAUGUAGUGAUGAUAAUGAUAGUGUCAGUGCUCUCAAGUUGUGUUAAAUAUCUCUGGAAAGGUAUCAGGAGGAUGGCUGUGUAGUCUAGCUCGCCAUGUUGCGUGUUUUUUUUUUUUUGGGUGGGGGGUAGAUCAGCUUAAUAUUGCAGAUAGAUUGUAACUUCCAUCAAUGUAAUUGUCUGCAUCACUUCCAAUCCCCUAUGUUUAAAAAAAAUAUAUAUAUAUAUAUAUAUAUAUAUAUAUAUAUAUAUAUAUAUAUAUAUAUAUAUAUAUAUAUAUAUAUAUUUACAUUUACGUUUGAGUCAUUUAGCAGACGUAUACAUAUAUACACACACACAUAUAUAUAUAUAUACAUACAUACAUUCUUCUAUAUGCCAUAUCUUUCUAACUGUGCUCCUUCACAAAAGCUCCCAACCUACAACCCAUACACUUAUUAUGGACACAGUGUGCCUACAUUAUUACCGUAGUUAUCUUGUUAUUGUUUGUUGUUAGUUGUUAUUAGUCCCAUCCUUCAAUUCCAUUCAACACCUCCAAUCUAUCUUUGAACACCAUCCAUAUAGGAUUUAUAUUUGCCAUAUAUAUUUCAACUGUACUGUGAUGUCUUACAAAAGUUCUGAACCUUUCUAUUCUCAUUGUUUCUACAGAUUGUGAAUUGAAUUUUUUUUUUUUGCUAAUAGUAUUAUUAUGUUAAUAAUCGAUUGACUAUGACUUUUCAGAUCACCCAGUAGUGCUAGAGGAAGGGUGUUAGCUGGCUAGUGUUCUCAUAGAAAUCUGUCUGACUCUGAGACCUGUGUCCAUCAAUGCCCUGCCUUUUGUCAGUAACAUUGAGAAGCACCAACACAGCACCACUGUCUGACCAUCACAUCCUUCUGCCUACCAGUCACAGGCCCUGAUUACCACACCCAGGCCCUGAUUACCACACCCAGUCCCAGCCCCAAGCUUUUGAUCCUCACACCACAAGUAUCCCAUCCAAACACAUGUUAAUGAUGGCAUGAUUAGCUACAGCAUGUAGCCUUGUCUUCAACACAGCAUCAGCUAAUCAGUUUUAUUUAAUUUAACCUUUAUUUAAACAGGUUACUCAUUGAGAUGUGUUAAUCAGUAAUAAUCAGUGAGGUAUUUGUACCCUGACUGCCUGCCCUCAUCCGCAUGGCUGAUCUGAACCAGGAUGCCCAACCAACACAGACUCUCUUUUCCAAUCCAACCAACACGUUCUGGGCGUUUUCUGUUCUGAGCCUCGGUAGUAGGGCAGUUUGUGGGAUCACACUGAACAUGUGGUCUCUCCUUCUGCCUGAACAUACAGUGGGGAAAAAAAGUAUUUAGUCAGCCACCAAUUGUGCAAGUUCUCCCACUUAAAAAGAUGAGAGAGGCCUGUAAUUUUCAUCAUAGGUACACGUCAACUAUGACAGACAAAUUGAGGAAAAAAAAUCCAGAAACUCACAUUGUAGGAUUUUUUAUGAAUCUAUUUGCAAAUUAUGGUGGAAAAUAAGUAUUUGGUCACCUACAAACAAGCAAGAUUUCUGGCUCUCACAGACCUGUAACUUCUUCUUUAAGAGGCUCCUCUGUCCUCCACUCGUUACCUGUAUUAAUGGCAACUGUUUGAACUUGUUAUCAGUAUAAAAGACACCUGUCCACAACCUCAAACAGUCACACUCCAAACUCCACUAUGGCCAAGACCAAAGAGCUGUCAAAGGACACCAGAAACAAAAUUGUAGACCUGCACCAGGCUGGGAAGACUGAAUCUGCAAUAGGUAAGCAGCUUGGUUUGAAGAAAUCAACUGUGGGAGCAAUUAUUAGGAAAUGGAAGACAUACAAUACCACUUAUAAUCUCCCUCGAUCUGGGGCUCCACGCAAGAUCUCACCCCGUGGGGUCAAAAUGAUCACAAGAACGGUGAGCAAAAAUCCCAGAACCACACGGGGGGACCUAGUGAAUGACCUGCAGAGAGCUGGGACCAAAGUAACAAAGCCUACCAUCAGUAACACACUACGCCGCCAGGGACUCAAAUCCUGCAGUGCAAGACGUGUCCCCCUGCUUAAGCCAGUACAUGUCCAGGCCCGUCUGAAGUUUGCUAGAGUGCAUUUGGAUGAUCCAGAAGAGGAUUGGGAGAAUGUCAUAUGGUCAGAUGAAACCAAAAUAUAACUUUUUGGUAAAAACUCAACUCGUCGUGUUUGGAGGACAAAGAAUGCUGAGUUGCAUCCAAAGAACACCAUACCUACUGUGAAGCAUGGGGGUGGAAACAUCAUGCUUUGGGGCUGUUUUUCUGCAAAGGGACCAGGACGACUGAUCAGUGUAAAGGAAAGAAUGAAUAUGGCCAUGUAUCGUGAGAUUUUGAGUGAAAACCUCCUUCCAUCAGCAAUGGCAUUAAAGAUGAAACGUGACUGGGUCUUUCAGCAUGACAAUGAUCCCAAACGCACCGCCCGGGCAACGAAGGAGUGGCUUCGUAAGAAGCAUUUCAAGGUCCUGGAGUGGCCUAGCCAGUCUCCAGAUCUCAACCCCAUAGAAAAUCUUUGGAGGGAGUUGAAAGUCCGUGUUGCCCAGCGACAGCCCCAAAACAUAACUGCCCUAGAGGAGAUCUGCAUGGAGGAAUGGGCCAAAAUACCAGCAACAGUGUGUGAAAACCUUGUGAAGACUUACAGAAAACGUUUGACCUGUGUCAUUGCCAACAAAGGGUAUAUAACAAAGUAUUGAGAAACUUUUGUUAUUGACCAAAUAAUUAUUUUCCACCAUAAUCUGCAAAUAAAUUCAUAAAAAAUCCUACAAUGUGAUUUUCUGGAUUUUUUUUUCUCAUUUUGUCUGUCAUAGUUGACCUAGUGAAUGCAGGUCAUUCACUAGGUCCCCCCCGUGUGGUUCUGGGAUUUUUGCUCACCGUUCUUGUGAUCAUUUUGACCCCACGGGGUGAGAUCUUGCGUGGAGCCCCAGAUCGAGGGAGAUUAUCAGUGGUCUUGUAUGUCUUCCAUUUCCUAAUAAUUGCUCCCACAGUUGAUUUCUUCAAACCAGGCUGCUUACCUAUUGCAGAUUCAGUCUUCCCAGCCUGGUGCAGGUCUACAAUUUUGUUUCUGGUGUCCUUUGACAGCUCUUUGGUCUUGGCCAUAGUGGAGUUUGGAGUGUGACUGUUUGAGGUUGUGGGCAGGUGUCUUUUAUACUGAUAACAAGUUCAAACAGUUGCCAUUAAUACAGGUAACGAGUGGAGGACAGAGGAGCCUCUUAAAGAAGAAGUUACAGGUCUGUGAGAGCCAGAAAUCUUGCUUGUUUGUAGGUGACCAAAUACUUAUUUUCCACCAUAAUUUGCAAAUAAAUUGAUAAAAAAUCCUACAAUGUGAUUUUCUGGAUUUUUUUUCCUCAAUUUGUCUGUCAUAGUUGACGUGUACCUAUGAUGAAAAUUACAGGCCUCUCUCAUCUUUUUAAGUGGGAGAACUUGCACAAUUGGUGGCUGACUAAAUACUUUUUUUCCCCACUGUAGUGCACAACUUUUGACCAAAAGCAGUGCACUAUAUCGGGAAAAGGGUGUGAUUUGAGAUGCAGCCCUCUCCCUCCCUAUCUCUCCAGUGUUAGUCACACUACAGAUACAGAGUAAUUUUGGACGGAGCUGUAACUGUCUCCACGUCAAUGCUGUUGACUGCCUCUGAGCGACCCUUAAUUAUUCUAUAGUAGAUUGUGUCAUGGGAUGUUGUGUGACACGGAACUGUGUCAUUUGUUUAAAUCACAUGUCAAGGGCCUCCCGAGUGGCGCAGCGGUCUAAGGCACUGCAUCGCAGUGGCGUUACUACACUCCUGGGUUCAUUCCCGGAAUGUGCCACAACCGGCCGUGGCCGGGAGUCCCAUAGGACGGCGCACAAUUGGCCCAGCGUCGUCCAGGUUUGGCCAGGGGGGCUUCACUUUGCUCAUUGCGUUCUAGCGACUCCUUGUGGCGGGUUGGGUGCCUGCAGGCUGACCCCGGUCGCCAGUUGAACAGUGUUUCCUCCGGCACAUUGGUACUUCCGGGUUAAGCUGGCGGGUGUUACGGAGCACGGUUAGGCGGGUCAUGUUUCGGAGGACGCAUGACUCCACCUUCGCCUCUCCCGAGCCCGUUGGGGAGUUGCAGCAAUGAGACAAGAUCAAAAUUGGGGAGAAAAGGGGAUGUAAAAAUACAAAAUAAAAUAAAUAAAUCACGUGUCAAAUAGGGACUCAGUCUUUAUGGACUGAUUCCAUACAAAUACAUUUAAAAAAUGACUCAUGACAAAUGAAAAGGUUCAAGUCUGAUUACAUAACUCUGUAAUUACAUAAAUUCCAUUAUUUCUGACUAAAAUGUCAUCCUCGGGUCAUGUGGGUGUACGAUUCCAUGUAAUGAUCUCCAUUGCGUCUGAGAAACAGUGUCUAAUGGCAAUUUAAUGCUCUGGCAAUUUAGUUUAAUGUCAAUAAUCAUGAAUAGCACGCAACUGCUAGGCUAUACAGUCAAAUCGUGUGGACUUUCACCUCGUGACAAAUGGCCCAGCGUUUCAGAGUUUACAACUGUUUUCCCAAUUAGUUUCAUCCUGAUCCCCUGAAUUAUAGGGCAAGUGUAUUUAUCCUCGUCAAUUGCAUAGAAAACAUCCAGAUUGAAGUUAUUCUUUCCUCUACACUUUUUUUUCUUCCUAGAAUAACUGGCUAGAUAUAUAUAAAUAGCCAGUUAUAUAGUGUUGUGUGGAAAGACCCAGAGCAUCUAAGACUCCAGAAGUGUCAUGAAGGCCUGUAUUCUGAGGUCGAUGGUGAUGUAACCUCAUUCUCUGAGUUCCAAGGAUUGUUGCCCACGUCAGCCUGGAGAAUGUGCUUGUUUAAAAAUGCCAUUCCUCUAACCGGUAUUUCUUCAUGCCCUAUCGUUUUUCCUCUCAGUGUCUUAAGCUGUAUACAGUAUAACUGUGUCCCAAAUUGCACCCAUAGGGCUCUGGUCAAAAGUAGUGCACUGUAUAGGGAAUAGGGUGCCAUUUGGGACUCUGCUUCUCUGCUCCGACCCAGGAGGUGUACAUGUUGUGUAUGAGGCCCUGCUCUUACCUCCCUGCCUGGCCACCCAGAUAUCUCUGAUGGUUGUAUAACAUGAAGAAGUGUUCUGUUCUGUUCUGUUCUCCUCUCCUCUGUCAGCCCACCCAGACUCUCCUCUGGCUCCAUUCCCUGGAUCAUUUAUCAAAGUGACAAAGUCCACCAGGUUUACUAGUCUACACUACCUUGGUCUCUCUGCUGAGGUGGUGAUGCAGAGUGGAAUAUAUGUGGAUGAGAGCCUCUUUAUUACAGGACUUUCAUCUUCUACUCAGAUGCUGUGUUUUUCUCCUCUUCUCUCCUCAGAAAAGAUCAUAGAUAAUAUUCUGACAGCCACAAAGCGCUAUGGUCUGGGAGAUGAGCUGGACAGGUAUGUCACACCUCUAGCACCAUAACAGCUCUAUUAGAAAAACAGGGAUGACUGGGGGACUUUAAAAGGGGUCAUGCCAGGACAUUCAGAAAACUCUGGAGCUUUCUCAGAAAAGCUAUUGCCUGGUCCCAGAUCUGUUUGUGCUGUCUUGCCAACUCCUAUGGUCAUUGUCACGCCAAAACGACCAUUGGAUAUGAGUUGGCUAGAAAGCACAAACAGAUCCGGGACCAGGCUAGAAAUAUGUUUUACCAAUCCAGGACACUUUGCUGAGUAAUUUUAUUUCCAACAUAAAGAUGAAUGAAUUCUAAUCACACAGGCCAUAUGUUGGGCAGUUUUGGUAGUUUUAUAAUUUCACUUCUGGCCAGGAUUCUGUCUUUUUUGGGCUUGGUUCUUUCCAUAGCCACUAGAAUCUGCCAACCUGAUUUCAUCAACUAAGGAAAUCGAGAAUGUGUUUAUUUUUCCACAUGGAAUGUAGGACUCAGACUAAACAUAGGUCAUAUUCUAUAAAACGUAAGGCCCAAUAGCGAUAGCCCAACUACAUAUCAUAUCAGAAUCAAAUGAAUCACUGUGCAGUACUUGGCAUGUUCCUCACUUCACAAACCUCAUAGAACUCGUUUUUUUCUGCUGUUUGUUUCCCUGCUCUUCUAGUCAGAGUUGUAAGAAGUGCAUCAUCAUGGGAAAUGGUGGUAUUCUGGCCAACAAGUCUAUGGGUGUGAGGAUUGACGAGUACGAUGUGGUUGCAAGGUCAGUUAAGGCACAUUAACACUAGGAUUCUUAAAUAAUCUUUCCUCGAUUCCUUCCAUCCUCUCUCACCUCCUUCUCAAGAGCUCUAGAGGAGAACAUCUGAAGUUCCUUCCCUCCGAUAUGUUUUGAGAAGGAGGCGAAGAGAGAGGAUGUGAGGAAUUGAGGAAAGACAAAUUGAGAAAGAGCCCAGGUUCUGUGAUUGUGAGAACCCUGUGUUUAUCGAUUCCUAAUCCCAGUCCACCUGUGUGUGUUGCAGGUUGAACGAGGCCCCAGUGUCUGGCUAUGAAAAGGAUGUGGGCUCCAAGACCACCAUGCGUAUCACCUACCCAGAGGGAGCCAUCCAGAAGACUGAACACUACGAACAGGACUCCCUCUUCGUCCUCUCUGCCUUCAAAGCUCUCGACUUCAAAUGGCUGCGGUCCAUGAUCUUUAAGGAGAGGCUGGUAAGGAAAGUUAACCCUUUUUCACACUAC